UAUUCCUGGAACUCCAAACGAGCCCGGAAAAACCGACAAUUUCUCAUCGAAAUUUCUAUAAUUACCACAGAAAAAGGUGUAAUUGAAGUAAUUAGGACAAAUGGCAGGAGGAGCAAAAGCCCAAGGAGCUUUCCAACCGGACUCUGACAUUCACAUUUCUUAUGAAGAUCAGCAGAAAAUAAACAGAUUUGCCAAGCAAAAUGCACAGAUGGACGAUCUGAAAGAAGAAUUAAAGAUCAGACAGAAUGAUUUGAAAAAUCUGGAGGAUGCCUGUGACGAACUCGCACUGAUGGAUGAUGAUGCCAAGAUCCCUUACAGGAUUGGAGAUCUUUUCGUUAAUCAGGAUCUCGAAAAAACACAGAAAACCUUGGAAGAGGCUAAAGAGAAAAAACUCGCGGAAAUAUCGGAAUUGGAGAGCAAGUGCUCCGAUUUAAAGACAAUCAUGACAGAUCUCAAGGCCCAGCUCUACGCGAAAUUCGGGAGUCACAUUAACCUGGAGACUGAUGAGGAUUGAGUUAUAAUUUAAUAAAUAAAAACUGAAACGCUUUAUUUCAUCAUGCAA